CACCCGUGCCUGACCCAUCUCUAAACUGAUAACACAUGGCACUCUCUCUUACCUCUUUUCUCUCUCCGCUAGUUUUAGUUACAUUCGAGAGAAACUCGGGUGGAGAAAAUGGUGUAAAUGCUAAGCGGCGGCGAAAAGGGUGAGAGCCGAUCGGAGCCUAACGAAGGAGAGCCAACAACGCCGAGGGUGUUGACGGUUCUGUCUUUCGUUAUGGAGAGACUGGUGGCUAGAAAUGAUGGGUUGGUGGUACAAAGAAGUGGCUUGAACGAACAACCACCACAACAGGUGGUGGAGGGACUGAGGUCGCCGGGAGGGAAGGGGUUGGAUGUUUUCCAUGGAGUAAGAGCGCCAAGUAUUAGUAUACCAAAGUACUUGGAGAGGAUAUAUAAGUACACCAAUUGCAGCCCUUCUUGCUUUGUGGUGGGCUAUGUUUAUAUAGAUAGGUUGGUUCACAAGCACCCUAACUCGCCUGUGGUUUCUCUCAACGUUCAUAGGUUGCUGGUUACUAGUGUCAUGGUUGCAUCCAAGAUGCUUGAUGACGUGCACUAUGAUAAUGCAUUUUAUGCUCGUGUUGGGGGUGUAAGUAAUGCCGAAUUAAACAGGCUCGAAUUGGAGUUAUUGUUUCUAUUGGAUUUCAGCCUUAUGGUCAGUUCUCGAGUCUUUGAAAGCUAUUGUUUGCAUUUGGAGAAGGAAAUGAUGUGGUUUGGAGUUGGCCAAAAAAUUGAGAGGGCUGUCAUGUUUGCUUCUGUUGAUGAUGAGACUGAAAUAUCGAUCGAAGACACAUUACAAAGCUCUUCACCUCCUCAACAAGUGGAGUGAUGAUCCUCUACUGCAAUAUUAUUUUUCAUCCUACUUUCAUUGUUCUUGUUAGUCCAACUUAGCUAGGGUAAUUUUAUUCCAAAAUCCUAUUCUUAAUGGAUAAGAGGAAUGAUUUCCUUA